GGAAAUACAGUGUUGGUCUGACGUGAGAGCGCUGGGUUAUGGGAGGCAAUGGAAGAACAGGCUAGUCACAUCCCGAUUUCACUCAUUUUGACAUUGUUGCGAGGAAUUUAAAUGCAAGAAGACGAAAACGAGUUGUGAGUCCCGAACUUGACCGGACAAUGGAAGUAGCUCUCUGCAGCAGUUCCAACUCACCCCUGGGAGUCAACUACCGAGACACAGAGAGUACCUGCAGAAAAACAUCAGUCAGCACCUCAGGGGUAACUACAACUACGUGUGGCUUGAAAGCAACACCUCUGUUUUUGGGAUGCAUAUAAGAGAAAGCGUAAAGAAAAAAAACACUGACUACGUAUGUAUAUAUUUCGUGUAACAACUGUGGAAUUCCGCCACUGUUCUAUGCGUAAGGGAUAUACAACCACGUAGUUAAACCUCUCCUGAGAUUGAGACAUUCAUUGAGACGCAGAGCACAUACAUUCUCACAUUUAUCACUGAAGGAGGCAAUGUUCAAAUUCACAAAUUCCCCUUGUAACACAACCCUAAUUGCCGCUUAGGAUCGCAAAGAAUAAAGGUUGGAAAUAUCUGUGGUAUCGUAGCCUAACGUGCUGUACCCUCAAAGCAACAAUAACCUGGGCUGAGUGAAAUCCCGCAAACCGGGUCUGCUGCUGUCCGUGGUCCUGAAAAAAUACUCAUUAUUUGGGUUAUCCGAAUCAGUAACGGCGGUCUAAGGAAGACGGUUUCAUGGCCUGGGCGGUUAUGAAAAUCUUGUGGUUUUCUUGUGACUCUGGAAUCUGAAAAAAAAGCAACAGAAGAAUUGCCUACCUUGGAGGUCCGAAAUCAUUCAAGGAAUUGGAAUUCUACUCCUAUUGGUGCUCCUGGAGCUGUAGGUAGCCCGAAUGAGACCGGCAAAAAUGUAUCGAAUAAACGCUCUCGGGAUCUAUUUGUGGGAAACAAUAGUAUUUUUCAGCUUGGCAGCCUCUAAAGAAGCCGCGGCUCGAAAAGCUGCCUCCCCAAUGCCUCCCUCUGAGUUCCUGGACAAACUCAUGGGCAAAGUUUCGGGUUACGAUGCAAGAAUCAGACCUAAUUUCAAAGUUGCAGGGGUCCCCGCGAGUGGAAGAGACCCACAAGGCCCCAAAACAGAAGCUUCUCACAAGAAAGGUCCCCCUGUAAACGUAACGUGCAACAUUUUUAUUAACAGUUUUGGGUCCAUCGCUGAAACAACAAUGGACUACAGAGUGAAUAUCUUCCUGAGGCAGCAAUGGAAUGACCCCAGGCUGGCCUAUAGUGAAUACCCCGAUGACUCUCUCGACCUGGACCCGUCUAUGUUGGACUCGAUCUGGAAACCUGAUUUGUUCUUCGCCAACGAAAAAGGCGCCAAUUUCCAUGAGGUUACGACUGACAACAAACUACUAAGGAUUUCAAAAAAUGGGAACGUAUUGUAUAGUAUUCGAAUAACACUGGUCCUGGCCUGUCCCAUGGACUUGAAGAACUUCCCAAUGGACGUACAGACCUGUAUCAUGCAGCUGGAGAGUUUCGGCUAUACGAUGAAUGAUCUCAUAUUUGAGUGGGAUGAGAAGGGAGCCGUGCAGGUCGCAGACGGGCUGACGUUACCUCAGUUUAUACUGAAAGAGGAGAAAGACCUGCGAUACUGUACCAAGCACUACAACACAGGAAAGUUCACUUGUAUCGAGGCUCGUUUCCAUCUGGAGAGGCAGAUGGGCUAUUACCUGAUUCAGAUGUACAUCCCCAGCCUUCUGAUUGUCAUUUUGUCCUGGGUGUCCUUCUGGAUCAACAUGGACGCUGCACCUGCCAGAGUGGGACUGGGCAUUACCACCGUGCUCACUAUGACCACCCAGAGCUCCGGCUCCCGAGCCUCCCUCCCCAAGGUGUCGUAUGUGAAAGCCAUUGACAUCUGGAUGGCCGUGUGCCUCCUGUUUGUCUUCUCGGCCCUGCUUGAGUACGCUGCUGUGAACUUCAUCGCUCGGCAACACAAGGAACUGCUGCGCUUCAGGAGAAGGAGGCGACACAUGAAGGAGGAUGAGGGCGGUGAGGGCCGGUUCAGCUUCACCGCCUAUGGCAUGGGCCCUGCCUGCCUGCAGGCCAAAGAUGGCAUGGCCAUCAAAGGGAACAACAACAACGCCCCGACCGCCACUGCCGGCCCUCAGGAGAAAACAGUGGAAGAGAUGCGCAAGCUCUUCAUCGGCCGCGCGAAGAGGAUCGACACGGUCUCUCGCGUGGCUUUCCCGCUAGUCUUCCUCAUUUUUAAUAUUUUCUACUGGCUCGUAUACAAGAUCAUCCGAAGCACGGAUGUACACCAGAUGACGUAAGCAAGGGAAGAGAGAGAGUUCAAUACCACACCAUCCUGCUCCCAAACCCCAAUACUCCUCGCUCUUCACUUGCUCACUUGCUUUUGGUGGCUAUCGCCUUGGCAAAGGUUAUUUAUCAAUAUUUGUUCUAUUCUUUCCCUCCCUCUUUUCUCCCUAAUAAUCCGGACCAGUGCAAAUAGCAAUGCAGUAAAAUGCAUGAUAUAUGAAUGUGGCAAUAUAUUUACAAAACGAUAAAUCAGUAAAUAUUACGACUUUUACCGAUACAUUCAAGAGCUUUGGAAUUUAUGAUAACUGAGAAUUUAAAAAAAAGAAAGAGCGAGAGAUUCUCUUCUAAGAAGUGUUCGUUUUUUUUCGCAACUCGAAGAAGACAAAUACUGCAUUAUAACGAAGGAGAAUUUGGUGAAACAUACAGCACUGUAAUAUAGUAUAUAUCUAUCAUACAUUUAAAAACAAUUAUUUCUGUAAUAUAGUAUAUAUAUAUCAUACAUUUAAAAAAACGGUUAUUUCUUCAAAAGGCAGGCGUCUGGAUGGAACACGAGGGAUGGAUUUUUAAAAGGAUUCUAAGAUUGUUCUAAGAUGAUUCAGUGAUUCCAUGAAUGAAGUGAUGCAAGGAUCAUAUGUCCUAUAUAUCUCAAUUAGCUUCAAUGUGUGUUGCAAGCACUUGUCAACGCUUCCUGAGCCCUCAACAGAAACUGAGAUGUGGUUGAUGCUGCUAUCAACUAAAUGAAGGAAACUUGAUGAGUCAAAAUAAUAUUCUAUUGUUUCUAACCGCUGUGGUCAACGUGUUCCUCUGUCGGCCCUUAACUUUAUUUAUUAAUGUCAACGUGUUCCUCUGUCGGCCCUUAACUUUAUUUAUUAAUUGCAUAUCGUUUUUUAAUGAACGUGCUCAGUAUACAUCAUGAUGCUGUAAUCAGCUCAAGCUCUUCUUGGGAUCUCUAAAGUCAAAUUCUAAAGGGACAUUUGCCAUCAUUCACAUAUCGUCAUUGUUGCAUUGUUUUCAUUUAUUUUAUGUGCUAUUUGAAGGAUUUGGUACUUCCAAUCAAAAUAAGAUUAAUUAAGAGUAAAUCUAGAGAGGAAAAGCAUUACAAAAAUCCUGAUUCUUCCUACUCAUUUCAUUGAAGCUAUACUGUUAACAUUUGUUUAGUUCUUUCCGUAGCUCAUUGUUUAUUGCCCAGGUACAGUAAGAUACCCGGCAGGUCGAUGGAGGAAAAAUGUAGUGAGUUAAGAUUUAACAAGAAAACACCUACUGUACCUUAAUAAUUAUUACCAUUGAUACAUAAUAUACCCACAUUAAUAAUGUAGCUUAAAAAAAAAAAAAAGUGUUAUUAUAAUCAUUUUCAAAAUAUGCCUAAAGAUAUUCACUCAAAAUCAUGGAAAAAAGUUUGCUACUUUAACAGCAAUGAUUAACACAUUGUUCUCAUUGGUGUACCAUACAGUACAUUUUAUAGUUCACACAACUACAGGAUUCUGUGUAACUGAUUCAUUUAUUCGAGAGGCUUGAUUUAAGAUACUGAAAUCCAUUACUUCUCACCAGGCUUUUCUAUGCAAUAAUUAAUAUAUGCAAUUAUUUUUUUAUUAGCUUUACCAUUUACAAAACAUUAUCAUGAAUCGGUUUGAACUUGUGUGACAUCAAGGCUUUUAAUCUCAGAUAUUACAAAUCACAGUGCUCAUAUUUCCAAUGGUGGACACAUACAUACAUACAUACAUACAUACAUACAUACAUACAUACAUACAUACAUACAUACAUACAUACAUACA